GGAUUGAAGAAAUCCGACAGGAAGUCAGUUCUUGAAUUCAGUGGUGUAUAGGAGAAAGAGUUAACAAGUAAUACAGUUUAGUAAAAUAGCAGAAUCUUUAGUUUCUAUAUUGUUCCACACCGAGAUAAUUAUUAAUUCUGCGUGGAGAAAUUCUUGCGAAGGUGACACAAAGGGCGGAGUCUGACUGCAUGUCUGCACGCAGAGUCUCAGAAAUUCGCCGGAACCAAGGUGCUGCGGGCGCUGAGUGAGUCUCGGUCGGAUAUUGUUACUGGACGCUAUCCUGGUCGUUCCGUCAGUGUUUUCAGACUCCCAGGGAUCGUGACUGCUGGCAUCUUCUGCCUGCACAAUUCCAGGCCGCAGCCGCGAAGGAUGAACCGAGCUCUAGGAAAGGUGUUGUAUCUGAAGAAUGAUGUCAAUGUCAGUUUUAAGCAAGCCUCUUCCCUCUUAAGGUUCCGAACUCCAGGUGAGAAUUCUGUCUGCUCUGCAGGUGGCAUUCUACUGAGUACCACUCGUCAAUACAAGUCAAAGCCUACCCAUGGCAUUGGAAGAUAUAAGCACCUAAUUAAAGCAGAAGAGCCCAAGAAGAAGGGAAAAGUGCAAGUGAGACCCAUUAAUUUGGGAACAGAUUAUGAAUAUGGCGUCUUAAACAUUCACCUGAUUGCGUAUGACAUGGCCCUGAUAGAAAGUUAUGCCAAAUAUGUUCAUAACCUCUGCAACCAGCUCUCUAUUAAAGUUGAGGAAAGCUAUGCGAUGCCUACCAAAACUAUGGAGGUAUUGAGGAUGCAGGACCAAGGCAGCAAAAUGUUUCUAGACUCAGUUCUUACCACCCAUGAACGAGUGGUUCAGAUCAGUGGUUUGAGUGCAACAUUUUCAGAGAUUUUCUUGGAAAUAAUCCACAGCAAUCUUCCUGAAGGAGUCAGACUGUCAGUGAAAGAGCACACUGAAGAAGACUUCAAGGGAAGGUUCAAAGCUCGGCCAGAACUAGAAGAACUGUUGGCAAAGUUAAAGUAGUACAUUGUAGAGUCCCUCACACCAGCACUGCUGAUAUUGAGUGCCAAGGGAAAGGAUUUUUUCUGUGUGGUCAGAAUUAAGCAGGAGACCCUGACCCUUAGGUAUCAUAAGCACCCAUCCUACCAGCAAGGAAUAUUGCUUUUUCUUUUGUGGAGGAGUGCUUGCCAAUUGUCACCACUUUCUCUAGGUCUCCUCCAUCUAAUAAAAAUGAAUACUGUG